UUCCGGGUUACACAUUUUGGCGCUCCGUGAGAAAUUAAAUGACAAACUUUCCGGUCUGAGCUGCUCCAUCUGGAGCCAGCUUCAUUCGACCGAUAAUGUCCAAACUAGAGCAACCCUGCAAGGACGGGAAACGUUCCCCGCCGGUUAAGGUCCUGUCAGGUCAGCUGAGGGCGGCGGGGAUCCGGGGUACCGCUGACAGCGCGGAGGGAUACGUAAUCCGAGCGGGCAGGGGUCGCACUCUGCGCGUGUCUCUUGUAUGGAUGCAGGGCACGGUGCUGGAGGUCCAACUGGACGGGACCACCGUGAUGCUGAUGGACGAAACAGGGACUUUUGCCGUCCAGGGCGUUAAUAACAUUCCCAAAGGCAAACCGUGUUUGCUUCCAGGUAAAUAUGUAAUGGUGAUGGGCGUCAUCCAGGCUGUUUCCCCGGAGCCUGUGAUCCGUGCUGUGAAGAUGGCAGACCUCUCGGACUUUGCUGCGCUCCACAGACAGAUGUGGAAGCUGGAGGUGGAGGAACUGCAGCAAGUGUUAGCCUGAAUAUCAGACAGCUGAUGAGUACUGCUAGUUGCAUAGAGCAGGUGCAGUUGUAUGACUAAAUGAUGUUUGUGACUGAGGUUCAUCUUAUAUGAAAUGACUUAACCCAUUUUUCUCUUAUCCUGUGUAUCAUACUUUGUAAAUAUGUUUUUCAUGCACCAGAGUUGCAGUGACAUGUUUGUGUAAGGCAUAUUAAAUCUUAAUA